UAAUUAAGAAUUAAAGAAAAUGAAGAAAAGGAAAAUACCAUAAGCUACGUAUCUUAAUCAGACAAAACAAGAUACGUCUCUUGUGUGCCACGUGUAGCUGCGACACGUCUCUUCUUCGAGCUCAACAGCGGCGGAUGCGUCGGCUGGGGAGAAGCUCCGAUUCUACUCUCGGUGACGGCGGAGGAUCAUAUUACGGCCAUGGUUAAAACCCGGGAAGCCUGCGAGCUUCUCAGAGAGCUACCGGAGAUGAAACUAGGUCACGUUCUUCAAGAGAUCGGUGGGAUUCUCCCUGGCCAUCGAUUUGCAUCUGUAAGAGUUGGGGUGGAGAUGGCUAUGAUUGAUGCUGCAGCUAAGAGCGUUGGAGUGCCAAUGUGGAAACUCUUUGUGGCGAGAGAGGGGUGGUUUCUAGAGAGGAAGCAGUGAUGCGCGUAGAGAAGCGGUGUUUCUUGAGGAAUCGUUCAGUAGAGCAAGAGCUUUUACAGAUGCUGGAGCACAUGUACUGUCCAUUGAUUCUCUUCUAUCUAGAGAAGAGAUGAAAUCAUUCUGCAACGUCUAUCCACUAGUUCCUAAACUGGAAACUUCACUUUGAGCCUUGGAUCACUGUAAUCUUGAUAUGAAGUUACAUUUGUGUGCUCAUCUUCUACAUUCACAAAAUAAUGAAGAAUCAAAAACAAGCUUGCUAAGUUUUUGAUUUUGUUUUCUGCUUAAUGAGGAAUCAAAAUCAUGUUCUCA